GAUCACAUCUGGUUUAACCGCUGCCAACAGCUUUUAUCUUUUAAACAUUUAUUCGACAGUGCAUUAGUCUGAAACCCAAAGCCGUUUGAUUUUGACAUAUGUUGAUAUGUACUGUAUUUUCAAACUUUUCCACGCUAUUAAACCGGAUUCUUCCAAGUGUAUUUGCACACCAUCACGCCUCAGAGUUUCCAAAUAAAACGUCUGCAGCUGCGGCUCAGUGCGUCACUGCUCCGCUGCUCUGUUGCUCCGUGAACCGGCAGAAAGAGAGGAGAGAUGUGCGGGAACAUGCUGCUACUGCUGCUGCUGGUCUCUCUGUCCCUGAGCUUGAGGACCCGGAGCAGGGCCGAGAUCCUGCCCGGAGCCCUGCAGCGUGGCCCGUCCAGCCUGAACGACAUGUUCCGGGAGGUGGAGGAGCUGAUGGAGGACACCCAGCACAUCCUGGAGGAGGCUGUGGACCAGAUAACUACUGAGAGUGCUAAAUCUUCUUCUACUUUCCUGGAUCUGCGUACUAACCACAACGGUGAGACGAGGGAGAGGAUAAAGGAUGAAGACCAACUGCUUCAGGUCCUCGAAAGAGCUGAAAAGGAUACUAAUAAUGAAACAGGAGACAUUCAUCUUCCACAAAUCCACAUGGAGAUCCCUUGGAACACGGUGGAUCACGAGUGCAUGGUGGAUGAGGACUGUGGGAACCUGAGCUAUUGCCUGUAUGAGAUUGAGAACUCCAAGUGCCUCCCCUGCAUCCCCACAGAUAUGCCCUGCACUAAGGAUGAGGAGUGUUGCUCUGAUCAGAUGUGUGUGUGGGGCCAGUGCACAGUGAACGCCACCUCAGGAGCAGAGGGGACCAUCUGUCAGGGUCAGAGCGACUGCAUGCCCGACCUCUGCUGCGCCUUCCAGAGAGAGCUGCUGUUUCCAGUGUGUAACCCCAAACCCGAGAAGGGGGAGUCCUGUUGGAGCCACCCCAACCUGCUGGUGGACAUGCUGGCCUGGGACCAGGAGGGGCCCCGGGACCACUGCCCCUGUGCCCUCAACCUCCAGUGCCAACCCCAGGGACGUGGAUCUGUUUGUGGAGAGUAACUGGAGACGGAGAGAACAUGAAGAAGAUAAAUAUGAAAGCUGUCCAAGCACACCUGCUGACCAACAGUUUAGAAAAUAAGAUGUUGCGUCAAAACAGGACUUGCACUGUAAUAGUUAUGCCUUGCAAUCAAUGUGUAUUGUAUAUCAUUAAGCCAAUAAAACACUUGUUUUUA